UAAUUUGUAAACACACCUGCAUCAAUGAAUAAGGAGUAAAAUAUAAUUUAAGGUUAAUUUUAUUCAUUCUAUUGAGUUGUUUAUUCAUCUCUACAUUUAUCUUAUUCGGUGCAUGUAUAUGUUAAUGUUUAAAUCCUCCACAGUACACACUGUAGCUCCUAUGAUCACACGACUGCCCCCAUCAGAUAGAGCUGAGAAUCUAUUUUAAUGGUGUCCAUAAUUAUGCAGAAAUAAGUGUAGAAUUAUAAUUUAAUAUAUAGAAAAAUGAAAUGUAGAAUAGUUUAGUUAUUUAAUUCUCAUUAUAGGUAAGUGCGAAGCUCUAAUAUACAUUGUGUAUUCAUUCUGAAUGCCUUGCUAAUUAGUUUUGGCCUGUUGCACUAGCUUUCAGACGAUAUAGACAAUUUAAAAAUAUUACAAAAGCUAAAAUUACUUAAGUACUUUCCCAUUAUUAUAUUAUUGUCACAUAUUAAUCAAAUUAUUGUAAUAGUACUGGACACGAUGUCACCACAACAAUACUUUUCCGUGUGGCUUCAGUCCCAAUCAUCUCCCUGUGUGUCACGUGUACUGGUUGAGGGGGGGGGGGGGAAGUCGCGAUACGCUAUUGGCUACUUGUUGAAGUUUCGGACCAAACUCCUCCCUGCAGAAUUCAACUCUUCACAACACAUUAACCAUCAAUCACAGCCUCCCCAUUGAAUUUGCUUGUGCGGAGCCGAGCCACGUUUUCAACAAGCUGUACCAGCCAGGGGAACCGCUGAUCAAUUCUAAGUCCAACAGCAACUGGCCUGCAGAAACCCUCUUUGCGGUAUGAGCAACAUGCUCCAGGAGAUCGUGGGCUUUAUAGUCAGCACCUCAGGGUGGGUGCUGGUUUCCUCCACCCUGCCGACGGACUACUGGAAGGUGUCUUCACUUGAUGGAACAGUCAUUACCACUGCUACCUACUGGUCCAAUCUGUGGAAGGCUUGUGUCACAGAUUCAACAGGAGUCUCCAACUGCAAAGACUUUCCCUCCUUGCUGGCUCUGGAUGGUUUCAUCCAGGCCUGCAGGGGACUGAUGAUCGCUGCAAUCUGUCUGGGUUUCUUCGGUUCCAUAUUUGCCCUCGUUGGAAUGAAGUGCACCAAAAUUGGAGGAACGGACAAAGUCAAAGCCAAGAUCGCCUGCUUUGCUGGAGUUACUUUCAUUCUUAGUGGCCUCUGCUCGUUGUCGGCGUGUUCCCUUUACGCACAUCGGAUAACAUCAGAGUUUUUCGACCCAAUGUAUAUUGCACAGAAGUAUGAACUGGGAGCUGCUCUCUUUAUCGGCUGGGCAGGUUCAAUCCUCUGUAUCCUUGGAGGCAGCGUUCUCUGUUUCUCCAUCGCAGAUUCCUGCAGCAAAAGCCGCAGUCAGGUGAAAUAUAUCUACAGAGAUGCACCCUCACACUCACAUAUCUCAUCUCACCCAAGAGGGCAUGCCACCUCUGUAAACCAGAGGCUGCCUCCAGACUACAGCAGCCCCCCUGGGAGUCAGCACUUUGAUAAGAAUGCAUAUGUUUGAAGAAUGUGAAUAUGAAACACUAUUAGUUGAAGCCACUGGUUAGUCGAAUAUAAAUAUAUAUAUAUAUAUAUGUGUAUUCCAAGUCCUUGAGACAUGAACGAAAGUUGAUGGUUUGUCUACCAUCAGCAACAUUUACUGAUAUUCAUCUAUGACUCAGCAGGAAUAAAGUUAAACACAUUUGUGUUUCUUCCAGGUGUAUAUUAGUUUAAAGGUAUAUGAUAUUUUACUUUGCUGGGAAUUUGCUAUUUUCCAUAACGUUUCUGCAUUUCUGUUUUUACCAGUUCUACAUAUUGCUGUACACUAAAUACAUUUUUAGUUAAGCCACAUUAAUUAAAAAUGCCUAUUUUUGCAAUCCCUGGAUACGCCUCAAAACAUAAAAUUGUACAGUAAAUGCGUUCAGUAGUUCUCGCGCAAUCCUCGUAACAUUCAAACAAACCGAUAAACAACUUCCUUGGCAGAGAUAAAAAAUAAAAAUGUGUCUUAUAAUUAGCCGGCAAAGAAUCCAAAGCACUUGUAACGCCUGCAUCAUUUUCUAUUGUGGUAGUUUUGUACGACAUUUCCUUUGGUGGUUGGACCUUGUAGCUGUAAAUGAUCUGUGUAUGCAAAAUUGUUUUUUGUAUGAUUUUAUAUUAAGUAAAGUUAUUGUUUCUUUGAGUUCAGAAGUGUGUAGAGAAUUAUGAGCAGUCUUAAAGAAAAAGGAAUAAAACUGAUUAAAAUGA